GGGUCGGGUCGGGUCGGGUCGGGACCGUGCCGUGCCGGUACCGUGCCGUGCCGUCUCUCCGGUGUCUCUCCGUGUUCCCGGGAGGUCACUCUGCACAAACAGGAAUGGAUUUCGUCUCCGGAGGGUUGGGACAGGACGCCGAAGUCCCCCCCGCGCGGCCUGUGUCGGGCGCGGGCCCCGGCGCCGUGGAUCGUUUCCUGAGCCUGCAGCUCUCCAUCUCCUCGGGCCUGUCGGCCGCGGAGGUGGAUACCAUGAAGUUCCUCUGCCGCGACAAAAUUGCGAAGCGAAAGCUUGAGACGGUGCGAAUCGGCCUGGAGCUCUUCAGCAUCCUGAUGGAGCAGCAGGUGAUCGCGUCCCACCAGCUGGGAUUCCUGAAAGAGCUGCUGCAGCACAUCAGAAGGGGCGAUUUGCUGUCUCUAGUGGAGCAGUUCGAGCAGGCAGAACUUCAUGCCCCUGAUGAUCAGCCUGAUGAGCAUGAAAAACGUCUCCUGAAGGUAGCUUUUGAUGUCAUUCGUGCCAGUGUCGGGAGGGAUUGGAAGAAGCUGAUGCGAGAACUUGGGCUGCCAGAGGUGAAGCUGGAUAAGGUAGAGACAGCCUAUCGAUAUGAUUUGGAGGAAAUGGUUCUUCAGGCACUUCGGGAGUGGCAGAAGUGGAAGGGGAAGGAUGCAAAGGUGGCUGACUUAAUAAAAGCCCUCCAGGGCUGCAACCUGAAAUUGGUGGCAGACUGGAUUGAAGACAAGCUCUCACAGGUGAACAGUGGAACCAAAUGAAAGCAGUGUAAAACCAUGAAUGAAAAAAGUCAGUGCCUUCUUCUCUUCUGGACCGAAAUAAUUAUCACUGGCUGCUUAUCAUUCCACUUAUUUAUGUGCCUUAACUUGUAGUUUGAUGCUUAUUUCAGGAUAUUUUAACUUUCACAAGAUCUGAACUCCAUUUUGUAGAAAUUCUCACACUUUUGUUCUGCCACUCACCUGAAAAGAUUUGCUUUGCUGCAGGCACUUUUCAGAUGCAUUUCCACUGGAAAUACAUCCAUGGGACACUUCUGAAACAACUGCAAUUUAAAAUUUCAUGGAGAUGUUGGAUUUUUUUUUUUUAUGGCCUGUUAGAAAUAUAGCGUGAAAAAGAGAAGGAGUAAAGCUUUCAGCUGGGUGCUGGCUUUUCUUUUGGAGUAGCAAAAAAUAAUAUCUUAGGUAAUUUGUCAAAUAUAUUUUCUCUCCAUGAAAGUAUAUUAAGACAACUGUAACCUCCGACUGCAGUGCAAGAGGAACACUAAAUAUUCUGGUGGCUUUCUUGGAAAAAAUGUGCCUGGAUUUGAAAUUGAAGUCAAAUGUCUGCACCAAGUGCCUUCAGUAUCCUGAAGUUCUCCUGAAACUAUCCAAGAGGCUGUGUCACACAGAUGUUCACAGCAGCCUCUUUCCAAAGCUGGGGAUGCUUUGGGGCUCCUUGCUGGGAAUCCUUCCGUGGCCUCUGUCACAGAGGCUGCUCAUGUGUGCUGGAAGGUGUGAGCCACUCUCAGAGGGAGCAGGAUUCAUCAGCCUCUGGCAGAUGCAGCUCUCAGCUUUCAUCUGGAGCAACCUUCAGCCAGUGGCCUUCACACCUGACCCACAGCUGGAGAAUUGCACCAUUGCACAGUGCAGGACAUGCAGGGCUGUGGAGGCCUCAGUGGGGAGAAUCCCAUGAAACCAUUACUGCUGGAACAGCUGUAGGAUCCUGUGUUUCUGCAAACAUCUCCCAAGUGCCUGGCCAGAUACUGGAAGAGGUUUUAUUGCUGCUGCACCUGUGGGACUUCAGCUGUUUCCAAGUUGUUUUUAUAUGGUGCCAUUGCUGUGAAGGCCGGUGUCAGCACAUAACCUGUCACUGCUCUGCAGAAACAUUGUAACACUGAUGAUUUUCAUUGUACAUUUGCUUGCUCAAACAGUGAGGCUUGAAUACUUUAUUGUAGUUAGUGGAAACUGCUGUAAGUUCACAUGAUAGAAAAAUCAUUUCAGUCAGGGUUUUUUUCCCCUUCAGUCAUUUUUUUCCACAUUCCUAGAAGUGCCCAAGGCCAGGCUGGAUGGGACCUGAAGCAGCCUGGUCUAGUGGAAGGAGUCAUUGGUUGGAACUGGGUGAUCUUUUAGGUCCGCCCCUGCCCAAACCAUUGUGUGCUGAUUCUCAGUAUCUUUCCAGUUUGAUAUAUUUAGUAUCACUGGUUGUAUUCAAGCAAAGGAGUUGCCACCUGUCUGCCUUUUGUGCAGAGAGUUGGCUCCGAGUUCUUAUUCCCUUUAUUUGUAUCAAUUGUCAAUUCCCAGGAGGAGCUGCUGAGCUUCAGCUGAAUGAUGAGCUCCGGUGUUUUGGAGAUUUUUGUUUCAUAGACAUCAGGAGUAUCCAUUCUGCAGUAUCUAAAGAAAAGGAUUGCUCCAGCAGCUCUUCCUUCCUGCCUCUGAGCAAUCCCUGGGAGCAGAGGAGUGGAAGUAAGCAGGAUGUUAUGUGAGUGCUCAAACAGCUCUGCAGCAGCUCCAAGUCCUAUCUCUGCUGAAGUGCUUUUCUUGUCCACUUCUACUAAGUCUUCUGCUUCAGCAAGGAGAUUUAUGUGGGAUAGGAAGAGUGUACUGCCUGCUGCAUACAGCCAGGAUAUUUUAGGAAUCAGUUGGAAUAACCUGUUGGUUGUAGCCAAGCACUCAUCAACCAAGCACUCACAAGAAAUACUCUGCUUCAGGAGGUAAAAACCUCUUGUUUCUCUAAGGAUUUUGUACCUCCUUUUACUGCAUCUGAAAGCAAUGACCUAGACUGCAUCCAUCUCUGCCAUACCUUAGAGCCAAUUAAGAUCAUUUUUAUGAGAUAUUAAAAUGUUGUUUAUGCAAAAGCAAAAUCAACUGAAAUGAAGGGAACAAAAUUUUUUUAGGAGAGAGGGAUAAAGGGUGCAAUUUGUAAGGGAGUGUUUUCUGAUCCAGAUGACAAUCUUUUAUUUUCAAAUUAAACACCUUGAACUCAUAUGCAUAUUUUUGAUAACUUGAAUUAAAAUUUUAUAUUGUGUAAUUCCGUGUACAUUUCAUUAAAAGUAAUUCUUAAAAAAACCAAAAUAAACGGAAUGGGUUUGGUU